UCUCUCGAUUACAUAUCUCGUUUUUAAAAUGAUUUCCCACAAUUUUUCUCAUUUUUUUUCUUCAAGUUUUCAAGAAAAUUACUUUGUGCGGUCUUUUUAUGCCGCAUUUUCUCAAAAAAAUUUUUUGCUGUCAUCGACUUUUUUUACUUUUGUCUAUUUUUACCGCACAGUCUUUUCAGUCGGGUCUGCCACACCUUUGUCAAUUUGGCCGAUAGCUCCGCUCUUCUCUCCCUUUGUCAUGACUGAUUCGCCGACCGAGAAAGCAUUUUAG